UAGAUCCUGCUUUAACGCCUGUGCAUGUUAUUUGAGCCACUAUGUUGUUAAGAAGAGCUGUCAUAAGUUUCAUAUUUAUCAGACUAGCUACAGUCUGGUGUCAUGUAGAGUUAGAAUCUGAAGAUUAUUUUUUCCCUUUGGAGGCGACCCUGAACUACUGCAAGUUGGCAGACGAGUGUCACCACGACCGCGUGCCGGUGUGCGGGCAGGACGCCAGCGGCAACUUCAGGGCCUUCAGAGACGACUGCGACCUCUACGAGUACUGCUGCGAUGAGAAGAAACAAUAUCGUCACGUAGAAAUAGACAUCUGUGCCGGUGAUCCAGCGCUCUCAGGGUAGAACAACGAUUAACGAAUCUAUUUAAAUUAUAUGAAUAAAACAAUUUCUCCACUUUAUGUACGUACAGACUAAAAAAC